GGCGGUGCGCGCGGCUCCGCUGAGCGGCGGGAGCGGCGGGGCCGCGGCCGGGGAGCUCGGGAGCGGCGGCGGGAGCGCCGGUACCGCCGGGGCCGCGGCCGGGGAGCUCGGGAGCGGCGGCGGGAGCGCCGGAAAAAUGAUUUCUGAAAGCAGCUCCUUCAUCAAGGGUGUGGUGCUUGGAGGAGUCUUCUGCAUGUUGGUUACACUUCUCGGACACAUUAAGGUGGGCCACGGGACCAAAGCACAUCACCACGAGCAUCAUCACAUCCAGGCUCCCAACAAGGAAGAUGUCUUAAACCUUUCAGAAGGUGAACGUGUGGAGCUUAGUAAAAGCAUCCGUGUUUAUUGUAUCAUCCUUGUCAAACCAAAAGAUCUGGGGCACUGGGCUGCAGCAAGGGAGACCUGGAGCAAGCACUGUGACAAGGCAGAAUUCUACAGCUCAGAAAAUGUCAAAGUGUUCGAUUCUGUAGCCGUCAACACAAAUGAUAUGUGGGUAAUGAUGCGGAAAGCUUACAAGAUAACAUAUGAACGCUAUAAGGAUGAAUUCAGCUGGUUCUUCCUCGCAUAUCCAACAACAUUUGCUAUAAUUGAAAAUCUCAAGUAUUUCUUACUGAAAAAAGACCCCUCACAGCCUUUUUACAUAGGCCACACCGUGAAAUCUGGUGACCUUGAGUAUGUAGAUGGUGAGGGAGGAAUCGUCUUAAGCCUUGAGUCACUAAGACGACUUGCCCGUGUUCUUGGAGACCCUGACAAGUGUCCAGAGCAAGGAGGUAUGAUUUGGAAACUCGCAGAGGACAAGCAGCUGGCAAUCUGCCUGAAGUACACCGGUGUGUUUGCCGAAAACGCUGAAGAUUCAGAAGGGAAAGAUGUCUUUAACACUAAAUCUGUCGGGGCUCUGAUUAAAGAGGCCAUGUCCACUCACCCACAGCAGGUGGUGGACGGCUGCUGCUCCGACAUGGCCAUCACCUUCAGCGGGCUGGCCCCCAAUCACAUGCACGUGAUGAUGUACGGCGUGUACAGGCUCAGGCCCUAUGGCCACUCAUACAAUGAUGCCCUGGUCUUCCUGCCCCCACCGGGCUCAGACAAUGACUGAUGUGUCCUCAGGGAAGGCCUGGAACCGUGGAGUUGGCUCUUCUCACAACACACAGUUGUACUGACACAUUCUGGUACUGGUGUACAGGUUUUUUUGCACAUUGAGGGUUGGUAAAGCUCUUAAUUUUAAAAGUGGAAGGAGAUUUUUUUCCUAAAUCUUUUAUAGAGAAAUGUUUCUGGCUUUUGACAGGGCUGGAAUGAAAUGAUAAAAAGAAGUUGUUAAUGUUUAUUAUAAAAGGAGAUUAAGUUUAUGGGGGGUUUGUAUAUGUAAGUAUUUAUUAAUGAAAACUCAAAUGAACUUUAAUCUACUCUUACAAAUAUAUUUUUGCAAGACUUUGGUUAUUUCAGCUCUUCCAGGCAUUUCUAGAAUGUCUUUAUAUCUUUCUAAGAUGUACCAAUAAAACUGACUACAGAUUCCGUCUCAAAGACUGUAACUUUAAGCUAUUUCUUUUACACUGAACUAUGCAAUAGCUUGAGCUUAUACAGCAACCUGCCACCUCAUGUACAAACUUCUAACAGGAAGCAAGGUAACAAGAAAUCUUGCAGCAGAGUAGUAUCAAGUGCCCUUUGGACUAGUGUUUCUAAGCAGACAAAAGAAAAAGAUAAACUGUAUUUGACUAGGUAUUAACAUGGUCAGGGAGUCUGUUAGCACAAGAUUAAUUGCUCAUGUAAAAUUUCACUCCAUUUAUAAGCACGUUAGAAUAAAUGUUCAGUAUUAUUUUUACUCCUGUUAGUGGGUGGUAAUAGUGCUUACAAGGAAGAAGUUGGUUAAUUGUCAGUACAAUUUGGUGUUUGGAGUUUUUUGUUGCCUUUUUUUUCUUUACAAUAUAGUGCACUCAGUUUUACACAAGUUCCUGGGACACACUCCUGUCCAGUCACAGCAUGUGCAGACAAACAGCACGUCAGUACUUGGUCCAUUUAGAAUUCAGUGACCUGACAUGGGUGUUUCAAGACUUGAGGAAGGUACCCCAUACAUCUGUUACAUCCAGGACUAUCACAGGCUUUGUUGGUACUACAAUAUUCACAGAACAGGGGAGCAGACUGUCAUCUCACCUUUAACCAACCAGUUGUAACACCCUACCCUGAGCUGCAAGUGGUCAGGUGAGGAAGUGAAACAGCUGCUUCAGAGCUGAUGAGACUAUCCACACCUUGGCUUUUUUUUGUUUUAAGCAUUAGGUUUUUGACAAGAAAGGUAAGACAACUGCUCAGACCCCCAUACAAGAUCCCACAUCUCAGCUGCUUUUUGAAAGGUGAGACAAGAUGCACCUUCUCAUCCUCUCUGUCAGUCAGAGCUCAGCUGACAGCAACACAAACAUACACAAUUGCUACCAAAACCUGGGUAAAACUUGUACGUUUGGUAUUUUGCUAAACUGGUAUAUAAAUUAAGCCUGAUUGACUUGUAUCUUCUUACAGAAUAAUACAGCUUUAAAAACUCUGACAAAACCAGAUAAAGAAACCAAAAAUUUCAUUUUAGUGUGAUUAUUAAAAACAGUUCUGACCCCCCUGCAACAACAGCAGUCAGGAGAAUGAGCGUGAACAAUUCCAACAAGAGGAAAAUCUCAUUUGUCACAGAUUUGAGGUGCUGUAGGACAACAGGAAGAGAUAAGAUGGAAGGGUAAAAAGCAAACAACAGAAGGCAAGAUUGCCUCAUUUUACACCAAAAAAAAAAAAAAAAAACAAACCACCAACCAAACAACACUGAAGCAUAAACUGAUUUCCCAUAGCACUAACCAGAAAUCAGUACAUUUACAAUUAAAUCUUUAAGAUGCACAGAAAUGUUCACCAGCAUUCUCAAGGUCUGAGGUUUGAUCAGAACUUUUUCUGCAAUACUGCUUAAAUUUUGUCUUCCCACAUCAAUAGUUCCAGAUUUAUCCUGUCAUUUUCAGAAGUACAGUCUUGUAAAUAAUUUUACAGAAUUUUAAAAGCAGCAUAUAUUAGGCAAUAUAUUCCUUCUGCCAUGUCUCAACCUCGCCUUGGAAUCAGGUAGAGAACACCUUGGCUACUAUCAUCUGUAAAGGUCCCAGGGUGGGGAAACCAAGCCUGCAGAACAGCACCAAGGCAAGGCACUGGCACAUGAAAUCACAUUCUGCUGUUUUAAAAUGUGUUAGAAUAAAGACUUGAAAUAUCAACAAACGCUUCCAGAGACAGUUAUGAGUGGUAGACCUUAAAAGUUUCCUUAAUUUAUUACAGUAUUUCAUUUUUCCAUAGGCAUAGCUUUGGGUAUGCUGAACAAAAGAUUGGGUUAUCCAGACAGACACACAGUGCUCCUGAACCCAUUCUGUAGCGGGGGACAUGUGGCAGUGUGCACAAGCUGAGUUCCACCUGAAAAAAGUUUCUCCUGGCUACACUGAAAAACAUGUUUUGCUGUCAUGCCUUUAUUUAACAGUGAUUUUGUUUCUGCUCCUAAAAUAAGGCAGCACACAGGGAGUAGAGAGCGUCAGGCACCAGGGUGGCACACACUUCACUCAGUGUGGCCACCAUGACUACAAACUCCACUAGAAGGAGAGCAGUAUCAAAGUGUUGGCAGGUAGAAAUCUGAACAUACAUAGAGUCUUCAGGUAUGAGCCACCAUAAAAGAAUUUCUAAUCCACAUAUCAGUCUGAGUUCAUAAAUCCUAUACAGAUAAAUGCAUAUUAAAAAGAGAAAAUCCUUAAGUAAAAUGAAAUUAAUGCUCUUAAUAAGUUAAAAAAUGUCAAAAAACCUGAUUUCUCCACAUUCAAGAAACUAGGUAGACUAACAGAAUGUCAAUCAGAAGAAAAAAUCUGAAAUGCUUCUGAGGUUUUAUAAACCAUAUUUAUAUUUCACACACACUUUAUAUUAGUCUUUUAGAAGAGCACAAAAAAUGUAAACAU